UUUUUUUUGUGAGUGGAGAAUGGCGCAUUUUACUUUCGAAAUUCCUUCUAAAAAAGAUGAAUUACUCAAUGGAGCUGAUAAUUACUGGGUUAAAAACGUAGUUGUCGUUAGAGAUUUAUGGGAUCAAAUUAAGGUCGCCAGAAACUGUUUAAAAGAUGAAGGUGCUGAGUUUAUAUUGGAAAAUUUCGAUACUUAUUAUUCCAUACUGCAUUUUGGAGAAACUGUGCCUGCAAACACUAUAAUUAAUGGCUACAAUGAUCUUCAUACAGGGAUGCAGGCUCUAAAUAAAACUUUGGCCUUAAUACUGGAUGACAAACAGAGUCUAGCUGAGAACGAGGAGCUUAGAGUUAAAUACUUGAAUUUAUUAAAGAUGAUUACAUAUCUAUUUAGUGAGAUGGUAUUGAUGAUUGAGCAUAUAAAUGUAGUUAAGAACAAAAAUCUGUGCCUACAUGCUAAGAAAAAGAGAAAGAUAGGUGUGGAUGAAAUAGAUAUGGACAAAAAAAGUCUUGUUCUGACUUUACACACCCUCAUCCAGUGUGAAAUAUCUAUAUUCUGGGAUCCUCCAGUUGUAGAGGAAAAUUUUCUCAAUUUGGUUUCCCAAGUGUGCUAUCAGUUUUUGAGUAAUCCAGAUGUUAAAUUUAAGAAAGAUUUGCAGCAGGAAAUAUUCAGUUUACUAGGUACUAUGAUCAUAAAUUACAACCAUGGUACUACAUUUGUAAUAAGAAUGGUUCAGAUGGUCAAGUCAGAAGUGCAUUUGGUGGAAUGCUUAGCUGAAGGAGUGCAACAUUUAGUUGUGCAAUACAAAUGUAAAGGCCUUGUGCAUGAUUUAAUUCGCGAGAUAACAGAAUGGCAGACAGAUGAGAAAUAUCAGGACAGUCAGGGAUCAAAGUACUGUGCUCAGGUUUUAUCAUCAAUGGCUGUUCUGAUGCCUGAUCUAAUGAUUCCUGAGUUGCUCUACCUCAAUAAAUAUCUCAAUCAUGAUUCUUCUACCCUGAGGAUAUCAGUGCUUAAUGUCAUAACAGAAGUCAUUUUAAAUGUCUUAUCUAAGCCUGAGCUGACUGAAGAAGAAGUUGAAUCGAGAAAUGACUUUUUCGGUCUUUUAAUAGAACAUAUGGCUGAUGUGGCAGCUCAUGUCCGUUCAAAAACAUUCCAAAAUUGGAUUAGGUUGCAGCAAGAGAGUGCGAUCCCUCCAAAAUAUUUAAAUGAGGUUUUAGAAAAGUGUAUCCAGCACUUGCUGGACAAAAGUGCUUUAGUUAGGAAAAGCGCCGCCAACUGUAUAACGACCUUUUUAUCUCACAACCAUUACAGUGCAGAUCUAUCUUUGACACGAAUACGGGAGGAACUCUCUCAGAAAAAAGCAAUGUUUGAGGUGGUCAAUGCGAAAGUAGAAGGCAUACGAAACCUCAAGCUAGAUGAGUUGCAAGCAAAAUGGGACGUUAUUGUGACAAACCUGAAACCAAUUAUUGAUGAGGAGCUUAACAACGAAGAAAAUGAAACCGCGAACGAUGAAGAUCAAGAAGAUAGAGUGGAUACAGCUACCACUCAAGAUAUGAUCAGGAUUUAUCUGAACGAAGGCAAGUACAGAGAAACUUUUUUUAUGCUGAAAAAAUUGAUGUUGGAUUCGAAAGAGUUCGAAGAAUUUAAUCGUAACGAAGGCGGCGUUCCGACCGAUCUCUAUAUGAUCCUCUGCCAGUCCAUUUUCUUAAAUCCCACCAAGUUAUUCGAAGAGAUCCGUACCGGCAUUGCCGAAGGCCACAUUCAAGACGUAACAGAUUACGACAUAAACACUAUCGUGGAGCUGCAAAAAUCAAUUGAAUAUCUCGAUUCGAUUGAGGGCUUCUUGGAGCUCGUGCAUAGUGCUGUGCCAACUAUGGUCGAGUUGCUGGAAACUACGACGAUAAGUGAUAUGCAUGAGGCGGUACAGUUUUUCAUAACCGCCUACAAGUUUAACAUCGACGACGCGAUAGAAGGAGUGAUGGCCAUGUUGCACAUAAUGCAGAGGAACGAACAGGAACGGCGGGAUGUGGUGGUCGAAGCGUUCAAGAAAGUCUACCUGACUACCGACUCGAAAUCCGUGCAGGACCAUUGCGUGACUGUGGUUGGACGCCUAAUCAGUUUGCUGAAGACGGUAACUUUCGACAAUUUGCCCAACUUGGAAUUGAUUAUUUCGGAAUGGGUAGCCAAAGGCAUCCUAGAUAAUAACAUAAUCGAUACUUUAUGGAAAUAUUUCACGAGGAAAAUUUCGGUGUCCGAUGACGAUGCUCUGGCAAGUGUGGAGCUCCUCAGGAUGGCCGCUCUCGGUCGAAACACUAUUAUCUCGCGGAACAUUAAAGUGGUCACAGCUCUCGCGUUCGAGAAUAGAGGCAAAGACGAUAUGGUGUUUCUGGGGGCAGCGUGCGAAUUUUUGGCGGUUGCAGGUAGAAAAAAGCCUGACAUCACUGCGGCGAAUCCACCAUUUAAAAUUAAAUGGGCCGAUCCCGAUUUUCAGGCACUGUUCGAUAUUUUGCUUGAUAAAUUCUUCGAACCGGUGCCGUUUUACGGCAAAGCCCUCAGGGGUGCGAUAGAAUUUGUUUAUCGAUUGUGUAACAAGCCGGAGAAGUUGUGGGAAGAAUUUGUAAACAAAAUCUUAAAGCGACUGCAAGACUCGGCCGAUGAUCUUGUGGAGGUAGAUACAUUCGUCCUGAUAAGAUUAUGUCAACUUUUGGGAUUGGUGGCCAUCAACCAGCUGAAUUAUCUCGACGAGACUAUUUACAAAGAGUUGAAAAGGCGCGAGUACAUCAAAAAUCAGCGCAAAAGUGGUAAGACCGCAAACCAACAGCUGCAAAGGAUUAGAGAAACGAGCCGCAGAGCAUCAUCACGUUCUGCGAAUAAAAACAGCAUUUUGAACACGACUCAAGAUCAAACCGGCGACGACACUAUGGAAGGUGCCCAGGCGCUCGAUCAGGACGCCGAAUUUAUUCACACACUUUUGGAGAUGAAUACGGUAACAGGUUCCGAAGGAUUGGGGGGCCUCGCUUACAUCAUCAAGGAUAUCUGCGAGCAACAAGACAUCUAUGAUGAUGUGGAAUUACAAAACAGCGCUGUCAUCGCCCUCAUGAGAUACAUGCUGGUCUCGGGGCCGUUCUGCAAGUCGCACAUUCAGCUCUUGUUCACCUUAUUUGAGAAAACGUCGCAUUUGGACGUCAAGGAGGCCAUACUCAUACAUCUGUCCGACUUACUCACAAGAUUUCCGAAUAUUAUCGAACCGUGGACCCCGAACAUCUACCGAUCAUUAAAGGAUCCAUCUACGAAAGUCCGCAGGACGGCUUUCUUUGUCAUAUCUGGGUUGAUUCUGCAGGAUAUGGUACGCGCGCAUUCCUAUAUAUCCCACAUGGCUGACUGUUUAUUCGACGAGGACGACAAGCUGAAGGGAAUGUGUCGUACGUUUUUUAUCACGCUAGCCCAUAAGGAGAACAACCUGUAUAACGCAUUGCCGGACAUAUUCUGUCACCUCACGAGUACUCCCGAGAUCGGAGCGGACAAAGUGGGAGUGACCAUGAAGUUCCUGUUCGGUCUUAUAGACAAGUCAAAGCAUAUGGAGAACUUAGUGGAAAGGUUCUGUUCCAAAUUUCGCUUAACAGAAGACAUACAGCAACAGCGCCAAAUAGCGUAUUGCCUGAGCCUGAUCACGUACAACGACAAGGCGCUUAAAAAUCUGCAUGAGAACUACCCGUCGUAUAAACACUUGCUGCACGACUCGGAGAUCUACGCGUCCUUUAAGGACAUAAUGGCCAGCUGUAGUAAGCAUCAAGUCGGAAAGCCAGAUCUGAAGCCGUUAGUUGCCGAACUUCAGAAAACUAUCAGCGCCACAUUUGAGCUGAAUCAGAACGAAGGGAUGAUGGGACCUCCGCCCCCUCCUCCCAAAUCGGUUCGUUCGAGGCGUAAACGGCGAGUAGCAGGGAAAAAGAAAAAGUCGAACAAUGACAGCGAUAGCGACGAUGAACGGUCAGUGAGGAAAGGUACAAGGUCCAGAAGGACAGUGAACUUCGAGGAAUCAGAUUCAGAAUAGAUGUCUUCCACUAUAUAACACAUGGUUUGUAAAUGUACAAAUUACUUAUUUAUAAUGUAUAUUUUUGAGAACCAUACACGCAACACUAAUUGCCAUUAUAGUAAAUAUUAAAGUUAUACAGGGUGGUUGUAGUAAAUACACCAUAAAACAGUUCAAGAUGUUUACUUCUUUAUAGCUCGAGCACCGUAAAAAUUUAUAAUUAAUGAAUUUUAGGGACCAGGAUAAAAUUACUACUACUGGGGUAAUAUUUUAUAUCUCCGCAAGAGUCUAUUUAAUCAAAAAUGUUUAAAUACAAAAGGUGGUUGUUACGUACCCUAUAAGUACAUACAGCACCCAUAUUCCUUGUUAUUUAAAUUUAAAAUAUGUCACAUUAUUUUAAACAAUGCGCGUGUAGUAUGGCGAAACAAGGGUGUCCAUCAUUUUCAAAGAUAAACCUCGUUUUUUCAAAUACAUUUUGUGGUGCACAAUCUAAUUCUACAUCGCUUGUCUAUACCUAUUUUCAACGGUUUUCUUGCUAUUUCUUAUUUUCUAUCGAAAGUCAAACUCCAAAUUUCUUUCUGGUUAACAAAGUUUUUAGACAGUUUGACAUGUUCUUGGUGUUGUUUACUCCUAAAAAGUUAAGGAACUCUGGAACUGGACAUCCCAAUCAUGGAUUUUUUACUCCAUGACUCUAAAAGAACUAGUGUACUAUUUCUAGGCCUAUACAAAAUAGAGAUGAAUUAUUGAAUUGUGUUGACAAUGCCUUUACUAUAUUGAAUCAAGACGCACAAAGGACAAAAAUAUUGUACUAUAAAAAUAAAAUUAGUGUAAUGAUAUAAUUUACCUUAAUUUUAUCUCUUGCUUCUUGUGUUCCAAGUUCAUUUUACAAAAGUAAAUAAAAUUUUAAAAAUUGUUACAUAUCUAUAUUAUACUUUCUAUAAACAUUAAAAUUAUAUAACGCAAUUUAAACGUAUAUUUUUAUAAUCUUUGACCAAUAUUUGAUACUAUGAACGCCAUGCGAUCAGAUAUAUCGCU